UUGUUUUGUUUUUUUAAAUGAGUAGAAGCUCGGUUUAUAUGUGCGAGUCACGCUUCACGAGUGAGUCGGUUGUAAUUAUUCCAAUUUUAUUUCUCCAAUGGCUGUCUAUCGCUCUUAAAAACGCAAUUAAUUAAUAAUUCCGAAAACGUUAUCACCUGAAAAUCGCAUCUGUAACUGUCAAGGAAUGUUGCUGCUAUUCCAAUCAUAGUGUAUAGUGAAAUGGGCUCAGAAGAGCGCAUCUCAGCCAUGUCGCAGAAGAUUUCAAACUUGUCACGAAGCAACAGCAGCUCCUCAUCAAAACUUGACAGCCGACAGGACAGCUGGGAAUUUGUGGAGGGUAUGCGUGGAGGCUUGGGUGGUGCCCUGGAGCCCCAGAAGCAGGAAGGUUAUGUGCUAAAGAAGAGAAAGUGGCCCCUCAAGGGCUGGCAUAAGAGAUAUUUUUCCCUGGACAAGGGCAUCCUGAAGUACGGCAAGUGCAAUGCUGACAUUGAGAAAGGGAAGCUUCAUGGCUGCAUUGAUGUGGGCCUCUCUGUUAUGGCCAUUAAGAAGAAAGCCAAGUGCAUCGAUCUCGAUGCUGAGGAGAACAUCUAUCACCUGAAGAUCAAGUCACAGGAGCUGUUUGAUGAAUGGGUGUCCAAGUUACGUCACCAUCGGCUAUAUCGACAAAAUGAGAUUGCCAUGUGUCCCAGUGACAAGUCCUUCCACUUUCCCCACUACCCCUCCCCCACCUCUCCAGGUUUUGCUGACGGCGCUUCUGUUAGAAAGUGUGUGCUUUCACGCAGGCAGUCCACAGUGUAUUCUGCAUUCGGCUGCAACGGUCAAGCCAAGGUAGCAGCCUGGCUGCAGUCGUCUGACGACAUGGAUAAGUGUUUCAAAGACUUGUCGGUUUGCGAGGCACAUCUACUAGAGCUAAGCCACCUCCUUCAAAGUAUGGAGGUCAUCCAUCGUACCUAUUCUGCCCCAUCUAUCCAGGCUCUCCAGGCAUCUACAUUUGACAGCCCCAAAAAGGAAAAGAGACUUCAGAGGAAAUGGCGCACAAAGAACUACAACAAAGACGCAAAAACAACACUUCAGGUUCCCAGCUGCAUUUCCUCGGCUUCUGUCCGCCUCCAUGCUUCUAACCCAAACCUCUCCUCUGCUGCACUGUGUAACGACAAAGUUGACCAGGAAUCUGUAGAUUCUCCUUUUGACGUGGCCAAGCUGCAGGAGGAAUUCUGCCGCGUCGCCACUAACCUGCACACCACCCUGAAGUACGCCUUGAGCUCACUAACGUCAGAGACGGAGCGAUUGAAACAAUGCAUGGACCACGACACUUGCCCCCCUACCUCGCCGCAGGUGGUCGGUUUGAAGAAUGCGCUGACAACGGCUUUAACCCAGAACUCAGAGCUGCGAGAGCGUCUGUGCAAGAUUCAUGCUGACUCGCACAUCGUAGAGCCCACACUCCUAAAUCUCACUGCCCCUGUGCAGAAACAGGAGUCUGCAUCUGAAUCCCGCCCGUUGGUGCAUCAAGUGUCCAAUGAAAGCAGAGCGUCAAUCGCAGAGUCGCUGUCCGAGUUCUUUGAUGCCCAGGAGGUUCUGUUGUCCAACAGUUCCUCUGAAAAUGAGGUAUCCGAGGAUGACUCGUACAUCAGCGACAUAAGUGACAACAAUUCCAUGAACAACUUUGGCAACGACACAGAAUGUGAAGGACAAAACUUAGAUUCUGGAGAGGGCGGCGCUGUCAUUUGUCGGCGAAGAUCCCGUCUGUCCUCUCCCAGCCCCAGCAGUAGCACCAUCAGCCUGUGGAACAUCCUUAGGAACAACAUCGGCAAAGACCUGUCCAAAGUGGCAAUGCCGGUGCAUCUCAACGAGCCGCUCAACACCCUGCAGAGGUUGUGUGAGGAGCUGGAGUACAGCGAGCUGCUGGACCGGGCCGCCUACACGCAGGACGCCUUGGAACGUAUGGUCUACAUCGCUACAUUUGUGGUAUCAGGUUACGCAUCGAGCUACUGCAGAACUGGUGGGAAACCUUUCAACCCACUCUUAGGAGAAACGUAUGAAUGUGAACGACCAGAUAAAGGCUUCCGGUUUGUAGCAGAGCAGGUUAGCCAUCAUCCACCAGUCUCAGCUUGUCAUGCAGAGUCUAAAAAUUUCAUCUUCUGGCAAGACGUGAGGUGCAAGAACAAGUUUUGGGGGAGGUCGAUGGAGAUUGUUCCUGUAGGCAGCACACACCUAACUCUGCCUGGGUUCGGAGACCACUAUGAGUGGAACAAGGUGACGUCGUGCAUUCACAACAUCCUGAGCGGACAACGCUGGAUCGAGCACUAUGGCGAGAUCUCCAUCAGAAACUCAAACAGCGACGCUUGCCAUUGCAAGAUUACUUUUGUUAAGGCUAAAUGGAACUCAGGUGUCAACGAAGUUGAAGGAACCAUCACGGAUCAGAAGGGUAACGUCGUGCACAGGCUUUUUGGGAAGUGGCACGAGGCGGUUUACUGUGGGGACCCGCCAUCAGCCACAUGCGUGUGGAGAGCAAAUGCAAUACCACUCGACCACGAGCAGUACUAUGGUUUCACCAAGUUUGCAAUCGAGCUCAAUGAGCUGGACACGUCCCUAAAACCGCUGCUACCGCCCACUGACACCAGACUGCGUGUGGACCAAAGACUGCUGGAGGAGGGGAAGUUAGAGGCUGCUGAGGAGCAGAAGCAAAGGAUUGAACAGCUGCAGAGAGAGAGACGGCGAGUCCUCGAGGAGAGCAGCAUCACACAUCAACCAAAAUUCUUUAGAAAAUCAAAAGAUGAUACGUGGGUGAGCAACAACACAUACUGGGACUUGAGGAGAGAGCCAGGCUUUGCCCACAUUGAUUUCCCUACUUUGUGGUGACAUGACCGACAGCAUUUGCAGCUGAAAAAUCCACAUUCAACGCCGACUUUUUGUAUUUCUAUUGCCUUAACAACAAAUUAUUCUAGAAGUUGUGUGAACAUGUUAUGCACCAUGAGAAUGUUGCUGUAUUUAAGCUCAUAUUUGGAGAAAUGUGAAAAAGGUGGCCAGUCCAACUCAUAACUGGCAUUAUUGAAAAUAAAUAUUAAGUGGGAGAUCAUCUUCUUAUAGACAAUCUCUACCUCAGAGAUAUAUAUAGUAGCCUUGAUAUGCCAUUGAUUAACAUUCAGUGUUUUAUUCUGCACAUACCUGAUGCCUUAUCAAGUGUACUGUCAUCAUUCAUUUGUUGCAUAUUUUGAUGUAUAAUUUGUAAGGAGAUCCGAACAUCAAGUAAAUCUUGCUGAAUGUUACUUUUUUUGUUUCAUUUUAUAACACCAAUGAUAAUGAUAUGUUUUUUUCAAUGUGAAUAAUGCAAACAUGAGGAGCUAAAUAUUCUUUUGUUUUCCACCUCAUCUGGUGUACCCUUGUUUACACCUGCAUAAUGGUGCAUCAUGGUUCAGACUGUGCUCCCUCAGUUCAAAUAAAUGCUGCAAUGCUU